AUGGUCCACUGGGAUCUGCUCUACCCCACGUCAGCUCCCCACCACCUCCACACCAGGGCUUGGUGGCAGUGGAAGAACAGGUUGAUGGUACUGAAAGGCUUAGAACAUCCUUCUGGGACAGUUUAUGAAGGUGAGUUCAAAGAGAACACGUUUCAUGGGGCUGGAACCUACACGUUUCCAAACAGAGUACAUUGGACCAGUCAGUGA